CAAACGACUCGGUACAUUUCAGUACCCUAAAGUAAAGUACUGCAACGAAUACCGAUAACGAAUAGUAUUACCAACUAAAUCUAUAAAACUAUCAUGUCCAGUCAGGGCCCUCUAAAUGGUAAUUAUAAUGGUGCCCCAAAUGGUCCCCUAACUGCUCCCCUAAAUUCUCAUUUCAGUACUUCUUCCAGCGUAUACUCGCCUGUCGAAUCUGAAUUCCCCUUCCACCAGCAGCAAAUUGAAGCCCUUAACGAAAUAGAAGAAUUAGAUCCUCACGAAGUCGAUUCCGAUUGGGACGACGAUGAACCUGCUUCUUCUUCAUCCCGAGGUAUUGCUACUGAAGAACUGAAUCAAACAUUUCAAACAUUUAUGACGGCUAGAGGAUUAGACUUUAGUGAGGAUGAAUUAUCCAAUACCUCCCAUCAAUUCCCUGUAGCCAAUCCAAGUUUUGAUUCGAUCAACCGAUCAUUACUCAAUACUGAUACGGUUAAUGAAAGUUAUCAUGAUGAAGAUAAAACACCUAAAUUACCUCAGAAUGGUUAUGCUAACGAUAAUGGUACUGACUCAGUAGACGAUAAGACUCCACUUAUGAAUACUGAAGGCUUUGACGCAUCACCCAGCCCUCAUCUCCCUCAACAGGAGCUUAGUUCAAAAUUCCAACGACUCUCAGUAACUCUUCAACAUACAACUGCUUCGGGUGACUCUCACCAAUUCAUGAAUACGUUCCAACAGAAUGUUAAUCGACUUUCCAAACCAGGUAUAGCACCUACGAGUCGUUAUUAUAAUAAGAUUGAACAAUUCCAGGCUGAUGAUAAUACCGAUACAGAAUCGGCAUAUAUUCGUGAUGAACAAGCAUCUCAAACCAGUAGCACUAGUCAACGAUCAAGUGUCAUUAGUCAAAGCAGUAAUAUCGACCAUCUAUCAACCACUCAAUCUACUCAGUCUACCACCAGUAGUUCACUGGCCUUUGUAUUCAAUCAAGAUUCAGGUUCUAGCUACAAUCUUCGAGGUUCUCGAGUAUCACCGGUAAAGGCUCAGACACAAACAUCCACGUCUUCUUCUCCAGAUGUGCCUAUCCGUCGAGACUUGAUUAGUCAAUUUGAAAAGAUUUCUUCUAAUAAGGACUUGCAGAAUAUGACUGAACAGGAAAAGAAUGAUCUUUUAAUUGCUUCUAAGAAUGGUCUUAAUAUCUCGUUUGCUGAAUCAGAACCUCAACCUUCUACGACCAUCACCAAAACCACCACCAACUCCACUACCAACUUAGCGGAAGAUGAUGAUUCAGAUUUAUCAUCCUUAUUCAUUAGAGCUCUUCAUCCCUUUGACUCACUGACUUUACAAUCGGAAUCUGAUGCUUCUAUUUGCCUUUCAUUCGACAAGGAUGACUUGGCAUUUGUCCAUACCAUUGAUGAUUCAGGUUGGGGAGAAGUUACUCUUGUGGAUUCCCUCCAACGUGGUUGGAUUCCUAUGAAUUACUUUGAAAUUGCCAUUGAUGAACCUGAGGCUAUCCCUAAUAGUAGCUACUUAAAGCCUCUCUUCCAUUCAUGUGCUAAGUUCCUUAUGAACCCUCUCAGUCAUCAGAAUCGAAGAGGUAAGUAUACCUUUUCUAUUAGAACUAUUAAUGCUAUUCGUGAUGGGGUACGACUUCUUCUUCAACAUACCGAUUGUCUCUCCCGAUCCAAUGAGAUUGUCACGAAGAGACCAGUAGUUCGUAAGUCUCGGAAGUCGUUAUUGGCUGAUUGGUAUAACUUAAUGGUUAAGGCCAAUGAAUUUAAAGGUACAUCCAAUUUCAAUAAGAUUGAGAUCUUGACCCUUAUGAUUUAUCAAGUGACUCGUAAGGCAGUGACAUUCCUUCAGAUCUGGUCCAUUGAAAGUAGAGAACUUCUUGGUAAUGCUACUACCAAAGAAUCAGAUAUUGGUGCGUAUCCCACUGUUGCCAGUCCUCCAUUGGCUAAGCAUAGAAUCACUGAAAUUAAUGGAAUCCUUUACUCAUACUUGGGUCUUAUCAUUGGUCGUCUUGACUUGAUUGAACAUAACCCGGUGGGUUGUGAUACCCUUGAAACUAUGGCCCAUCAUAUCAUUCUUCUUCUUCGAGAACUUCUUUUCAUCUCCAAGCUUGGACUGGACUUUUCUCAUGAGAAGCCUGCUGAUUUGGAUGGAUCAUUAGAUUCGCUCUUAUCACUUGUUAGUGACUUGGUAACCCUGGUAAAGAAUUUGGUGGUAAAGACCCUUAAUGAAUCAGAAGCUGAUAAGCGGAAUACAAGUCUUAUGCCAAGUACUGAUACAUAUUAUUAUACCCCAGAAGGUGGAGAUUUAAUUCAAAUUGCUUCGAAAAUGAUCAAGUCUAUUGCUACUACCAUAAUGUCUAUCCGGAGAUUAUUGGAAGUGACGGGCGACUUCAAGCUCAGUGCCGAUAGAUCGUAUCCUGACUAUACGGCCAUGAAGAUUGAUCCUGAACAAUUCAUCAGACAGUGUUCGGUAGGUAUUGCCUCCCAUACCAAUACCAAUACCAAUUCCAGUUCCAACAAUUCCAAUACCUCCAAUAGUAAUGCCUUUAGACCAGUCCAGAGAUCUUCUAAAAAGGCCAAUCGAUACUCGAUGAUCCGAUCAGGAAAGACUGGUGAAUUGGGUCUCACUUCCACUGGGGCUUCAUUACUUCAAGAUGUAUUGGGUACUGGAGAUGGUGAAGGAGAUACUAAUUCACCAUUCUCUGUAUCCAUUCCUGCUUUUGAACCAUAUACCAGUACUACCACCAGUACCACCAAUACUACUACUCCUACCACUACUAAUGCUGAAGAUAUCAAUAAUGAACUCUUGGUUGAUCGUAAUGGUAACUUACUUGGAGCCUCUUUCCAUGGCCUUGUGUAUACGUUGACUAACGAAACAUCUCCUCCGGAAUACUUCUUUGUAUCGACAUUCUUUAUCUGUUUCCGAACAUUUGCCAAUGGUAUAGACUUUAUUGAAGAGAUGAUUACUCGAUUUGAUAUGGCUCGUAAUAUCACCAGCAAUGCUCAUGGUCAUACGCGAGCCGAUAUCACCGCUGAAGUUCAAUUGAAGAAGAGACGGAGACUCAUUGUUAAGAUGUUCCAAAUUUGGAUGGAAUCAUAUUGGAACCAUGAGUCAGACUAUAGUUUAUUGACAACUCUUAUUAAUUUCUUUAAUGAAGGUAUAAGUCAAUAUCUUCCCCUUGAAGCCAUGAAAUUGAUUGAAGUGGCUGCUAGACUUUCUACUAAACCACUCAUUGAAAACCAGAUCCAAUUAAGAACUGUUCCUCGGUAUGCCGCUCAAACUCAAUUGGUUAAUAGAAGUAUCACCAUUGCUCGAUUUAAGAGAAAGAAUUCCUUCUCCAGUCAUAAUGGUGAUGGAUCACUUUCUAAUCGAUAUUCUAUGGUGGAUGGUUAUGAAUUAUCCAAGAUUAAUACCAAUUCAUCAACCACUAGUUCCUUAAAGUCUAUCUCCUUACCUAUGCCAUUGGGAAUUGGUAAUCAAACAUCUUCAUCGAAUUCAUUACUCACCAAGAAUCAAUUCCAAACCAUUGAAAGAGUCAAUAAUACUUAUAGACAAAUCCUUACCACUAGUUGGUGUCCUCAGACAGUACUUGAUGCUCCAGAAUAUAUCAGUCUAGAUCUUGGUACUUUAUUACCUAAUUGGUUCCAAGUAUGUGAUCAAACAUGGGUAUUAUCCAACUAUAGACCCAACUUGUUGGACUUUAAUGGAUUGGAAUUGGCUAAACAAUUAACCAUUAUUGAAUCAUCCAUCUUUUGUUCUAUUAAACCAGAAGAAUUAUUGAAUGAAAAUUUUACAGCCAAGAGAGCAUACUUACGUUUGGCUCCUAAUGUUCGUCAAUCACUUUUAUUCACUAAUUGUUUAUCUGGUUAUGUUCUUGAAUCCAUUCUUCAACCCAAAAUCAAUCAGAAACUUCGGGUUAAUAUGAUUAAAACUUGGUUGAAAGUGGCUAUUUCUUGUUUAUACUUGAGGAACUUUAAUUCAUUGGCUGCUAUCAUUACCUCUCUUCAAUCACAUUUGAUUACUCGAUUAGAUAAACUUCGAGAGGACUUAUCGGAUAAGUAUACCGAACUCUAUGAUUAUUUGGCUACUAUUAUUCAACCUGAUAAGAAUUAUCAUGUAUAUCGUACUAAAUUAAAGAACUUUUUAGUAUCGAAUGAUUAUAAUAUCCCUAUUGUUCCUUACUUUUCCCUUUUCUUACAAGAUUUGACCUUUGUCACAGAAGGGAACCCUAAUUAUAGAAAGGCCAAUACAUUUUUAAAUCAGAAAUUGAUCAAUAUCGAUAAAUACUUGAAGAUUACUCGUAUCAUUGCCGAUAUCGAAAGUUUACAAAUUCCUUAUACUAAGUCUUCAACUACGACCAGCACUAAGGAAUUAAAGAGAUCUAGUAUCUUUUUAAAUAAUAAGCUUAAUGGUGGUCCAGAACCUGAAGACUAUAGCAUUGUUUCAGUACCCAGCUUACAAGAGUUGAUUUUAUUAGAAUUAUGGAAGGUAUGCCAAUUAAAUAAAGCCGAAGAGGAUCGUGCCUGGAAAUUGAGUUGUACCAUUCAACCUCGAGACAUUUCUAACUAAUUGUAUAGAUUUAAUGUACUAUUAUGAAUGUUUAAGUCCUAUGUGGUAGUAGUGCG